GAUCAGCUGUGCGUGAGCAACGCCAACGCGAAUGAGUCGUUUUUGCAGACCGCGGUAAAACCAGGAGAAACUACGGUGAAAAGGGCGACCAGGAGAAGCACACCUGGCCAACAGCAUGUCCGACGACGAGGAGACGGGCGUGCACCGCCUGGAGGGCACCAGCGGUCAAGAGAUGCGUGGCGGCCUGGUAAUCCGGAAGCCCAAGGAUGGCACCAAGACGACGAGCUCCUCCAAGGUGCCACAAGUCUCCCUGCUGGGACUCGAUAAGCUGGCGGCCAAGCGGCGCACCGAAAAGGAGCGGGCGGAGCGCCUCAUCUCCUUCCAGGACACCGAGUUUGACGACGCCGGUGGCGGGAGUUCCACGCCUAACGUCGCCGCCGGCGGAGGAUCCAGUGAGUUCGCCUUCAAGAAACCGGACACCAAGAGCUUCGAAAAGCUAAGGGGACAGCUGCGCGAACACAAAGACGAGACGCCUUCGCACACGGGCGGUGUGUCCGAGAAAGCACGCGAGCGUCUGCGGGAGCACAUUAAACGGGACAAGCAGCGCGGCCGGAAUACCAGCUCUUCGUCCAACUUCUCCUCGAACGAGGGCAAAGAUCGCGACAGACGACGGGACAGGGACAGAGAUCGCGAUAGGCGCAGGCAAAGAGACAGAGAACGCGACAGGGACAGGGACCGAGAUCGAGAUCGCUCCGUGUCCGUUCGCAGUGUACACACUCCCCGGGAACCGGGCACUCCGGGCGGCAGCAGCAGCAGCGGCGGUGUGUCAAACAGCUCUUGGGACGACGACGAUGGCGAGGUCAGCCAGCGCAAGUCGGAUUGGGAUAUGCCCACGCCGCGACGACAUGGCAGCAGCUCCGGCGAUUGGUCUGUGAGGAGCAGCAGCAGCAGCAGUAGCAGCCGGCGUCACCAUAAUCGGCAUGCAGACGACACGGCUCGUCCGACGCCAGCCCAUCGCUAUAACAAUUGGGCCCACGACCGCAAACGGACUGGAGCCACGCCCUGGGGCGAGGAUGCAGAGUCGCGAGACCUUUGGGAGGAGGAGCAGCGGCGCCUGGAUCGCGAAUGGUACAACAUCGACGAGGGCUAUGACGAUGAGAACAAUCCGUUUGCCGGCGCCAGCUCCGAGUAUUUCCGCAAGCGUGAGGAGCAGCUGGAGCAGAAGCGAACGAAGCGGAUAAGUGCCCAGCAGAGGCAGAACAAUAGGGACAACGAGCUGUGGGAGCGGAACCGGAUGCUAACCUCUGGCGUGGUCACUUCGAUCAGCGUGAAUGACGACUUUGAUGAGGAGGCUCUGGAGAGAGUGCACCUGUUGGUGCAUCACAUCAUACCACCGUUCCUUGACGGCCGGAUUGUGUUCACCAAGCAGCCGGAACCGGUGGUGCCCGUCAAGGAUCCCACCUCCGACAUGGCACUGUUGGCGCGCAAAGGCAGCGCCCUGGUGCGCACCUAUCGGGAGCAAAAGGAGCGUCGAAAGGCACAGAAGAAGCACUGGGAGCUGAGCGGCACCAAAUUGGGCAACAUUAUGGGCGUACAAAAGGCGCAGGACGACGAGGAUGCGAAGUUCGACAAAAGCAACGAUACGGCCGACUAUCGCAAGGAUCAGAAGUUUGCCGACCACAUGCGGGACCAGGACACGGGCGGCAAGAGUGAUUUCUCGCGCAAGAAAUCGAUUUCGGAGCAGCGACGCUUUCUGCCCGUCUUCGCCUCGCGCCAGGAGCUGCUCAACGUGAUCCGCGAGAACUCGGUAAUCAUUAUUGUGGGCGAAACGGGCAGCGGCAAGACCACACAGCUAACCCAGUAUCUGCACGAGGACGGCUAUAGCCAGCGGGGCAUGAUCGGGUGCACUCAGCCGCGUCGUGUGGCGGCCAUGUCGGUGGCCAAGCGCGUCUCCGAUGAGAUGGACACACAGCUAGGUGAGGAUGUGGGCUAUGCCAUCCGAUUUGAGGACUGCACCUCGGAACGCACGGUCAUCAAGUACAUGACGGACGGUAUCCUGCUGCGCGAGAGUCUACGCGACCCGGACCUGGACAGCUACUCGGCCAUCAUCAUGGACGAGGCCCACGAGCGGUCGUUGUCCACGGAUGUGCUCUUCGGCCUACUGCGUGAGAUCGUGGCCCGGCGACAUGACCUGAAGCUAAUCGUGACCUCCGCCACAAUGGACUCGACCAAGUUUGCCACGUUCUUUGGCAAUGUGCCCACUUUCACCAUACCGGGACGCACCUUUCCCGUGGACGUGAUGUUCAGCAAGAACACCUGCGAGGAUUAUGUCGAAUCGGCGGUGAAGCAAGCGCUACAGGUUCACCUGACGCCCAACGAAGGCGACAUGCUCAUCUUUAUGCCUGGCCAAGAGGACAUUGAGGUGACGUGCGAGGUGCUGGAGGAGCGGCUAGCGGAGAUUGAGAAUGCCCCGGAGCUAAGCAUUCUGCCCAUCUACUCGCAGCUGCCGUCGGAUCUGCAGGCCAAGAUCUUUCAAAAGUCCAGUGACGGUGUACGCAAGUGCGUGGUGGCCACCAACAUUGCGGAGACAUCGCUCACCGUCGAUGGCAUUAUCUAUGUGAUCGAUUCCGGCUACUGCAAGCUGAAGGUCUACAAUCCGCGCAUCGGCAUGGAUGCCCUGCAGAUCUAUCCCAUUUCGCAGGCUAAUGCCAAUCAACGAAGCGGUCGUGCCGGCCGCACGGGUCCCGGCCAGGCGUUCCGGCUCUACACGCAGCGCCAGUACAAGGACGAGCUGUUGGCCCUCACCGUGCCGGAGAUUCAGCGCACCAACCUGGCCAAUACGGUGCUGCUGCUGAAAUCGCUGGGCGUUGUCGAUUUGCUGCAGUUCCACUUUAUGGACCCGCCGCCGCAGGACAACAUCCUCAAUUCGCUGUACCAGCUGUGGAUUCUCGGUGCCCUGGACCAUACGGGUGCUCUCACAACGCUUGGCCGCCAAAUGGCAGAGUUUCCGCUGGAUCCGCCCCAGUGUCAGAUGCUGAUCGUUGCCUGCCGCAUCCAUUGCAGUGCCGAGGUUUUAAUUAUAGUUUCCAUGUUGUCUGUGCCCUCGAUCUUCUACCGACCGAAGGGACGCGAGGAGGAAGCGGAUGGCGUGCGCGAGAAGUUCCAGGUGCCGGAGUCCGAUCACCUUACCUACCUCAACGUGUACCAGCAGUGGCGCCAGAACAACUAUAGUUCGUCGUGGUGCAAUGAGCACUUUAUCCACAUCAAGGCGAUGCGCAAGGUGCGCGAGGUGCGCCAGCAGCUGAAGGACAUCAUGACCCAGCAGAACAUACCCGUGAAGAGCUGCGGCACCGACUGGGAUGUCGUGCGCAAGUGCAUAUGCUCGGCCUACUUUUAUCAGGCGGCGCGCCUCAAGGGUAUUGGUGAGUACGUGAACCUGCGGACGGGCAUGCCCUGCCAUUUACAUCCUACCUCCGCCUUGUACGGCCUGGGCACCACGCCGGAGUAUGUUGUCUACCAUGAACUGAUCAUGACCGCCAAGGAGUAUAUGCAGUGCGCCACGGCCGUCGAUGGCUAUUGGCUGGCGGAGCUGGGUCCCAUGUUCUUCUCCGUUAAGGAGUCCGGACGCAGUGGCCGCGAGAAGAAGAAGCAGGCGGCCGAGCAUCUUAAGGAAAUGGAGGAGCAAAUGCUGCAGGCGCAGCACGAAAUGGAGGAGCGUAAGCAGCAGGUGGCACAGCGGGAGGAGCAGCUGGCCGCCAAGCAGGAGAUCGCCACGCCGGGCAACGCCACGCCGCGUCGCACGCCAGCCAGGAUAGGCCUAUAAUCAAGCUAAGCGAUCACAUAUUCGAUCGUGCUAUAUAUAUAUUUUUCAUAUAAAUUCAACAAUAAAUUUGUUUACUAAAAAGAAA